AAAAUAAUUGCUCUUGAAAAAGGCGUCAUCUCUGAGAAGGUCAGCUGAGUCGAAAUUUUCCUUUAGCAGAUAAAGGACAGAUCUCCAUUGUUGCGAAAUCCUUUUAUCCUAAUGUGCCAACUCCCCAAGGAAGCGUAAACCGCUCAGCUGCCCUGUAAUGAUUGUGAAUCAAAACAGGAGUGAUUAUACUAAUUGUUUCACGUCGCCUCGGGAAAAUUGAAAUAAAAGGCGUUCUGAAGGCACAAGCGUCUGUUCUCAGUGUGUUUACAGCACCGGAGACGGACUUCUUUCGUUAAUUUAAAUAAAAAAAAUCAAGAACUACGCAAAAUUCUGCCAAGUAUAACUCGAGAGGGACAAAGAGAACACGAGAGAAUAUGGAGGUGCCACGGCAACCAGCGGAUUUCACAUGCAGCGUGAAGUAUUUAGGAAGUCAAAAUGCCAUGUAUCCACAGACUGGGACUUUGGAAAACAUCGCCCGGGUGUAUCAAAAAGGUUGUGCGCUUAACGAGAGGGACAUCGAAAAAUUGACUGUUACUAAAGACAGUGUUUCAGUUCGCAGCAAAAACACCGAAAAGAUUUUCAAACUACGCAAAAUUUUGUUCUGCGCAAGCUACAAGAAGAUUCCCAAAGUUGUUGCGUUUAACUAUAUGGUUUCGUCCUCGCCGAAGCGAUUGGAGUGUCAUGCGUUUUUAUGCGGGUCUAACGAAGAAGCGAGAGCUGUUGUCGCCGCUCUGACCUCAGCGUUCAGAAUGGCGUACAACGAGUCGAAAAACGCAGGUGAAAUUCACGUCGAUGAAACCAUUACAAAUCACAAGAUUUGGACAGUCGAUUCAGCUGAGGAGAAAGAGAUUAAAGUUAUUUUCGCAUUGCCUCGGAAAAUCGGUGAAAUAUUUGAUACUUUGACGAAUUGCAUGACCGCAAAGUGAUUAACUUGAGGAACGUGAGGAAAAAAUUGAUGAGGACGACAGAAACUUAUGCCGGGAGACGUCUGGAAAGUGUUAAUUUAUGCAAUGGGCUGCACUCGCCGAUCAUAUAUGGACAAGUACCUGACGAAAGAAACUUUCUUCUUUGAUUAUCUCAAGACAUGAAGUCUCGUUUCGAAGUUAAUUACAAUUUUAGGCGGUCAGUUACAGCAGUUUAUAGAACAUAAAUUUGAAACUUAUAUUGUAGCACGGCAAAAAGACAUCUCUAUUUUGCCAAAUCACAUGCGUGUCGAUUUGCAGUAAGCUAGUUUAUGGUUCGCGUACCCCAUUCUCGUUCACUGCAUCAAUAUCGAAGAUACGAGUGAGUCAUUUUAGAAAUUUUGCCUCAAAAUUGUAAUAUAAGUUAUUCAAAUAAAUGCAGAAAUAACAUUUCCCAGCAAACUUCGAUGAGAAGCGGGUGGCGUGCGAGAGAAUAAGCAAAUUGAAAAUUAAAUUACUCUAAUAUAAACAAUUUUUCUUAAUUUAUUUAUCUUCACGACAGAGAAAGCUGACAACAGAUAGUUCAUCAAACGUUGAGUACGCUCCGAUGUCCUCUCUAUCAGUAUCAAUUGUAAAUACGGUAACGGGAUGGUAUCAACGGGAGCUUGAUCGAAAUUGUAUGUGAGGAAAAAAACUUGUAAAUAGGACAAAUCUUGUGUUAAAAUCGGUGUAAGAUAUUUGAAUGAAACUUCUGUAGAUACAUCUAGAAGCUUUCCAGUCGAACGCUGAAAGAGUGAACAUGAAAUAAAAUGUGAACAUAUGU